AUGGAUUCCAUGGUGCAAUGGGCCCGUAUUCUCGGCGCUGUCAUUAUAACGUGGAACAUCGCCGAUGUGAUCGCAGCUCUCGCGAUAUGCCGGCCGCUGGCGAAGAACUGGAACUUCAACUUGCCCGGGAGUUGCGGUAGUCAACCAAACUUCUACUUUGCAAUGGGUGUCAUCAACCUCAUCACAGACGCCGUGAUGAUCCUAUUACCAAUGCCAUACUUGUACAGUCUGCGUCUGACGUGGCGCAGGAAGUUGGCUGCGAUGGCUCUUCUCAGCAUUGGAGUAGGAACCUGGGCCAUCACCAUAUACCGCCAAACGCUUCUCCCCGGUCUCGACUUCAUGGAUAUGACAUACACCGGUGUACUCGCUACGCUCCUCUCCGGCCUCGAGCCCGCCGUCGCAAUCGUCCUGGCAUGCAUUCCCCUCAUGCGCCCCUUGUUCGGGAAGUCAAACCACGCCACGCGAUCUAGUCUCGACUAUGACAGUAGCAAGAAGACUAGUCUCUUCUUGAAAAAAGGGAGCAGGAGACAUGCCGAUCCGACGGCGACUUUCUCGGAGUUGGUGGACGAUAAUGAUGCUUCUUCGCAGAUUGAACUGCAGCCGGUUAAGACUUGUCAGAUUGUGCGCGUUUCAUCGGUUUAUAAACAUGAUGGGGAGCAGAGGGUGGCUGAUUCGAAGCAUGCUAUCACGGUGGAGAGGAGGUGGGAGGUACGAAGAGAUUAA